GGAAGCUACAUAUGCUUAAAUCUACCACAGAAUUAGUUUAUUUACCUUUGACGAUGGAAGAUCGACGAUGGAGAGAAAUCGAAGAUGGAGAGAAAUCGCCUUUCCUCGAGAGCUAUGAUUUUUUUUUCUAACCUUCGGUCGCGAAUGUUUUUUUUUCUCGACAUAACCCAACACAACAUAUCGCCGGGCCAACUAUCAGACGCCACGUGCAGUAAGGACUUGAUCCUUCGAAGCCUUAUUUACGGACUGAUCCGUACCGAUCCGUCUAAAGCUGAGCCCAAUUCACAAUUUUUUUUAAAAAAAAUGCUAAGGAUUUGGGCCAUGGACCCGUGACGGACCUCCGUUGCGGUUGCUCUUAGACCAUGAUUAUCGCAGGUCCUAAGUGAGUGUUUUAAACAAAUUUGUGAUUUAAUUAAAUCAAAAGAAAAGAAAAGGAGAAUUACCAAUCCUUAAUGGGGUGUUUUGGAAACCGAUUUUUAGGGGAGUUUUAUAACCACGUGUCAGCAUCUCGUUUUUUUGGUUUUUUUUUUCUCUCUUCCUUUCCUUUUCUCACCGUUUCUUGACUUCUUGUAUUCUCCAGAGGAGAAGAAUCCAAACCGACGAAGGACGAGGACUGAUGGCGUCUCCUCCGACUUGUCUACGUCGUCAGAAGAAGGAUCGAAAUCCACCACCAAUCAACGAAUCUCUCGGAACUGAUGGCAUCUCCUCCGACUUGUAUCGUCUUCCACCUCAAAAGAAUGAUCGAAACCCAUCACAAUCGACGACUCUCUCGGUCAUCACGGCGUCUUGUCCGUUGGUUCUCGUCUUCUUCGACGUACGACGACUCUAUCAGUUCUCACGGCGUCUCCUCCUCCGGCGGGCGAUGUCUUCAGUUUGGAGAUCAGCUUCUGAUAAGCAGCUCUGUUUCUCCUCAUAUUCAAAGCAUAUGCUUCUCCGACAGCUGAAACAGCUCGACUCCAAUGGUGCAUGAUUCCACCGCUAUUGUGAAUAGAAAUAAUGGUUGAGAAGAGAGCUCUCUUUCUUCGAGCGUUGACAUGGAGAAAAACAUAAAUGAUCUGAAAGGGAAAGAUCUGCUUAAACGGCUUCACGAAGUUGGCACACUUGCUCAGAUUUCAAGUAUCCAAGGAGAUCAAGUUAUCCUCGUUGGUCAUAGACGUACGGCUUCGCAUAACGGAGAUGAGCCACUUACAGUCAAAGUCAAUCAUCUUAAGGAUAAGCCGUUUGACAUGGACGAUGAUGUCAUCAAGGCAACAUCCUUUGAAGCUAUUUCAACGCUUAGGGACGUACUGAAGACAAGCUCACUGUGGAGAGACCACGUCCAAACAUAUACCUAGCAUAUAGGUGAAUUCACUUAUCCACGGUUAGCGGAUUUUGGAGCGGCUAUAUGUGGUGCAAAUAGGCAUCAAGCUCAAGAAGUUCUUGAAGAACUUGAUGUUCAUAAACGUCUGCAGUUGACGCUGGAAUUGAUGAAAAAAGAAAGGGAAAUUAGCAAGAUUCAGGAAACUAUAGCAAAAGCAAUUGAAGAAAAAAUUAGCGGUGAGCAACGCCGUUACUUGCUAAAUGAGCAGCUCAAGGCUAUUAAGAAGGUAUUCUUCACAAUUUAUUUCUUUCUAGUUCCGUCCACAUACAAGGUCUGUGUAGAAUAUUAGCGUAUUUGGUAGUCAUUUGUAAUUCUGAAGUGAUCCAAUGCAAGAGCUUGGUGUGGAGACAGAUGACAAAUCUGCACUGUCUGCAUAUAGGUGAAUUCACUUAUCCACGGUUAGCGGAUUUUGGAGCGGCUAUAUGUGGUGCAAAUAGGCAUCAAGCUCAAGAAGUUCUUGAAGAACUUGAUGUUCAUAAACAUCUGCGGUUGACGCUGGAAUUGAUGAAAAAAGAAAGGGAAAUUAGCAAGAUUCGGGAAACUAUAGCAAAAGCAAUUGAAGAAAAAAUUAGCGGUGAGCAACGCCGUUACUUGCUAAAUGAGCAGCUCAAGGCUAUUAAGAAGGAGCUUGGUGUGGAGACAGAUGACAAAUCUGCACUGUCUGUCUUAUAUAGUGUACUUGUCAUCUCACGCCUACCCUCUGCACCUCUCUACCGCUCAUCCCAAUCGUGUUACUCACUCGAAACACACAUGUCUCGCUUCUUUCUUUGGGAAGCCAUCAAAGUGCAGAAGACGACAUUUUACUCAUUCAAGAGACAUAUCAAUGCUUUCGCCGCUGAAGCUGAAGAAAUCACGAAGCAUCCAUUCAUGGAGUUUUAUGCUUCUUGAGAAAAAAUGGCGUCGUUCACAAGUCUUCUAUGUGGAACAAAGCAUGAUUCAGAGAGGAUACAAUCAGUGCGAAUCUUGACACAGGUAAGUUCCCAAAGAAAGCGUCUGCUUUGUUCACAAGUCGAUAGGCCAAUCAUGAUUCACAAUUAUGAAAACAAUAGUCAUAAAGAACGUCUCAAAAUACUUGUAGGGUUUAUACCAAUUAAUAAGAAAUGUAUACUCAUUCAAAUGCUAAAAUACGAACAUGAACAUAUUUUUACGUUUUUUCUUUUUAACUUUUGAAGAUAUAAAUAUGUAUAUCCAGGGGAGGACCUAGAAAAUACUUAAACCUGUGGCACAAUCUAUAUUUAUUAAAAUGUUAAAUAUAAUUUGUUUCAUUAAAUUAUAUAUUUUUUAAAAAAAUUACAUUAGUCACUAAAAGUUUAAAUUUUAUAAAUUUCAGAAAAUAGAUCAUAUAAAAAGAGAUAAAUAAUUUUUAUAAAUUUAAAAAUUCCAUUUUAUGUAAUAUUAUAAAAUUAUGUAUAGAAGAUAAUAUUUUUAUUACAAAAAGAUUUAUGAUUUUGCAUUUGCAUUUUUCUUAUUUUAAUGUAAGUACUGAAAAAAUAAUAAAAUAACUGUUAGAGUGAAAUUUAAAUAAAAAUAUUUUUUUUUUGGAAAAAGUAAUAUUAGAAAAAGGAAAGAAAACAAAACAAUUGUAAAAAGAAAUAGAAACAUAAUAGUACGUAGCACAAUAAAUGAAAACUGAAAAAUAAUAAAAUAACUAUUAGAGUGAAAUUUAAAUAAAUUAUAUUUGUUUUUUUGGAAAAAGUAAUAUUAGAGAAAAGAAAACAAUUGUAGAAUGAAAUAGAAACAUAAUUGUUGGUAGCAAAAUAACCGGCUCUUAUAUCUCUUAUUUAAGAGACGGUUCUUAGCUUUUCUUAGUUAAAAGCUAAGAAACGGUUUUUAGCCGAAGCUAAGAACCCCUUUCUAAGAAUCCGGAUUAAUCAUGAUGGUCUAACAGCUACACAAUAAUACAUGUUUGUUAACGACACAAGAAAGUUGUAUUAUUUAUUACGUGGCAUGUGCCACACCUUUACCACAACUGGGUCCGCGCCUGUGUAUAUCGAUGCAACAUUCCACAAAGCAACUCUGUUUAGCUACUACGCCUCAGGAUAUGUACAACCUAAUAAGACUGCCUCACACCCUGUCCCUGGCCUUGUUUAUGAUCUCGACACUGGAGACUACUUAGACUUCCUCUGCGCCAUUGCUUACAAGAACACCUUAGUUCGACUCUUUGCUGAGGAUCCACAGUAUACGUGCUGCCAAGGAGACGCAAACUCAAUAACGUUCUCCGAGCGCCCCUGAGAGUUAAAGUCUCCGUAGAGCCCAAACAGCUCAAGUUCAACAAAGUUGGAGAGGAGAAGAUCUUUCAGAUGACUCUCUGUCCUAAGUCAGUGAAUGCUUUAGGCUACAUCUUCGGUGAGCUGAAGUGUACAUACACCGAGCAUUACGUUAGGAGGCCCAUUGUCGUCGAACUCUCAAGCUAGCCUCCACUCUAUACAUCACUCUACUUUAUCUUUUCUCUUUUAGUAUCAUAUCAAGCUUUAUAUUGUUUUGGAUAAUAUUAAAAUUUUAAUAAUUAAAAAACAUGUACUUGUUUAGAGGCAUCCCUUAUAUAUUAAAAGAGAAUCAUUGUAAUAAAUGUAUUCACAUUGUAAUAGACAUGUGGCAGGUUCACAAUGAUUUGAUAAUAAGUAUAGUAACGCGUUUACACUAUAUUCAUAAAUGUGUUCACACUAUGUACUUUGCAUUUUUUUUAAUAUAAAACUCACAUA